GCAAUUGCGCGACGAUCUAACGUCUCCGGCUCUUGAACCACCCGCCAUUGGACCCCCUUGUCCUCCAUCUAGCGACUUUGAUCAGUCACUCUCUCCCUCUCUCGUCUUUUCUUCUUUCCAAGGGUUUUCAAGAUGUCCGCCCCGGCGUCCCGUGCCGUCCUCCGGCAAUCGCAGUUCCUGGCUCGCAGGACCGCAGUCAGACACGCCUCUUCCACCUCGGAAGCCGCUUCCAAGGCUGGCGAGGCUGCUUCUUCCACUGCCUCCAAGGCCUCUGAGGGCCUCUCUCGUGUUCAAUCCUCGGCUGGUCCCGCCAUCACCAACGCUGCUCAGGGUCUCGGUAACGCCCUGAAGAAGGUUGGUGGAAGAACCGGAAAGGUCAUCUCUUUCGUCGAGAGCAUGAUCCCCCCCACCGUCUACUACAGCAAAGUCGGUCUCGAGCUCGCCAAGCUGGUUUUCCGUGGACAGAACAUGACCCCUCCUAAUGUCGCCACUUUCCAGGCCUACCUUGAGCCCUUGAUCCGCAACCCUACGAACUCUGCCUUCGCCCCCUCGAACAUCAUUGCCCGGAUCCGCAACGCCAACAAGAAGGAGCUCGCCUUCGCCGGUGUCACCGCCGCGGAGGUGAUCGGUUUCUUCACCGUCGGUGAGAUGAUCGGUCGGAUGAACAUCAUCGGCUACCGGGGAGAGCCUGAGCACGCCGGACACCAUUAGAUAAAUACCACGCAGUUGUGCCUUAGCCUGUCUUCCUUCCCUUUUACACAAACAAUCCCCCCCGUUUCCUUUGUGCGCUGUACUAUUGUAUGAUAGACGAUGGAAUUCAACUGUUGUCUGAGGUGACUGGUGUAUUUGUUUCUUUUUUUGUCUCUCUCAGUGGAACAUGUUUGCUUUUGUUUCCAAAAUGUGUUUGGGUAUCAAAAGCCUUGCUGGAAGUGUGUGCGUCCGGUUAGAAGAUAGACUUGUUCCACCUGCGCUCGAAUGUUUUUAGAUAUCUUUUCGAAUUCUAUGUGUCU